GUUCCGCCGCGUUUCCACCCGGUCUUCUAUUAGAGGGACACAGUCAAGAUGGCAGCCGAGGAGCUGAAUGUCAACACACCUGCUGGGAAUGACGGUGUGGACGAGGCUAAAUUACAAAUGUUAAAAGGUGGUGCGUUUCUGACCACUGUGGCUGCUGCAGGAAUGAUCGCUGGGUUUGGCUCGACCCUUGCUUUGGCUAAGAAAAGGAGCCCUGAGUGGUUUAAUAAGGGUGUCGUGGGCACGGCGGCGGUGCCUGAGAGCGGAGCGUCGCUGGCCCUGCGUGCACUCGGACGAGGUUCUCUGUACGCCUGGUGUGGAGUCGGCCUUCUGACCUUCACGGUGUGGAAAGCUCUGGGUGUCCACAGUUUGGUGGAAUUUCGACAGAAAAUGCAAUCCAUCUUUCCUGCCGUUCCGAAAAACAAAGACGUUCAGACAAACGCAGCACCUUUCGACUGGGACUCGCUAUUUAAAUCCAAAUGAGCACUGACGUGCCGGGGAAGAGAGCUUUACGUGUCCGCUCACCGGAUAGACAACCUGCGAUGUGACUGCCAGGUCAGAUGAGAAUCAAGUUUCCCUACUCUUCUUACCCCAAGACUUUUUAGGGAUCUGUGAUGUUGAAGAAUCAGUCUGGAGAAAAGACUCUCUUUCUGGCUUCAGUACAACGUGUGUGUCUGUGUAUGAACAAACAGCAACUAGCUUUUUCAAGAAACAAAAUGUCCGGACAUCUCACAACGAAGCUCCCGGUUCAAAGGACAUUUUGCUAAACUGCCUUUCUGAGUUUUACCAUUUGAUGGAAGAGCUUUUGUGUGUCAAACACAACCAUUUAAAUUGGUUCAGGGAGUUUGGAACAGAUAUGAUUAACAAAAAACAAAACAAGAAAAUGAUUAGUGUGUGCGCGCAGUGUGUACGGAGAUUAUUAUUAUUUUUUUAAUGCUGCUGGAUUUAUCUCCAGGGAAUAUAGUGUAAAACCGGUGGGCCAGUCUGGAUGCGGAAAAGGCAAAAUACACAGUAUGGCCAAAAGUAUGUGGACACCUGACCAGUUGAACAUCCCAUUCCAUAUUCAUUUCCCUUUUGCUGUUAUAAUAAGCUCCGCUCUUCCGGGAAGGCUUUCCACUAGAUUUUGGAGCGUGACUGGGGAUUUGUGUUCCUUCAGCCAUACGAGCAUUAGUGAGGUAUGGGGUGCAGUCUGCGUUCCAGUUCAUCCCAAAGGUGGUCAGGGUUCUGUGCAGGACUCUCGAGUUCUUCCGCUCCAACUGUGGCAAACCACGUCGUCAUGGAGCUCGCUUUGUAAACAGUGGUACUGUCAUGCUGGAACAGUUUUGGAUCUCUUAGUUCCAGUGAAGGGAAACUGUAAAUGUUACAGCAUACAACAUAAUUGUGUGCUUCCAACUUUGUAAAUGGUACAUGGUAUGCACUUCUUCUUAACCUUAAUGGUUCUUACAAAGCACUUGGGCAGCGUCUUGCCCAAGGACACUUCGGCAGGUGGGCUGGGGAUCGAACCACCAACAGCAGCGAUUAGUGGAUAACCCGCUCCAAUUUUGUGGCAGCAGUGCGGGAAGAACCACAUGUGUGUGACGGCCAGGUGUCCACAAACCUUUGGACAGAAUGUAUGUAGUCUGUGUUGCUGGUUUAAAAAACCCCAAAAACAAACAAACAAAAAAAUAGUAACUUGAAGCACCAGUGUGAACCAAAACACAAUUACAUCAAAUUUGUCUUUAUAGCAUUGAACAGACCACUGAUGGUCAGGUAACGUGGCGGUUGCUCAGCCAGACCAAUUUUAAUAACUGGUCCUGCAUAAGUUCUAGUCUCUGGUGUAAAAUAUUAAGACGUUUGUAUCAAACCAAACCUGAGUGUUAUGUUAAAUAUACAUCAAAUAAAGUUCAAAUAGAAAUC